CGACGUCCCAUUAUCCAGUUGGUCGAAGCUGCAACAAUGGAGUCUGCGUCGCUCACGUCACUCAGCAAUCUAUUCCCGCGCGCUUCCUCGUCUCCAAUAUGCAGGUGUCCGUCGGAACCGAAGAAGAUCCGGCCGGCACGCCGCAGUAAGGCUUCGUCUCUGAAGGCAACCUGUGCGCUCUCUAGGCGGAGGGCAGUUUCAGAGCUGGUGGUUCUCGGUGCUGUGGCCCUCUCCAUGCCGGCGCAAGCAGCAAUGUUGGAGCCUGAUAUCAUCAGGUACCGGAAGCUGGACAGCGGAGUCAUACUCGAAGAUGUCGUCGACGGGGAGGGGCCUGAAGCACAGGAUGGGGAUCUGGUGCAGUUCAACUACGUCUGCCGCCGCGCAAACGGUUAUUUCGUGCAUAGCACGGUGGACCAGUUCAGCGGUGAGAGCAAGCCGGUAACACUUGCACUUGGUGGAGAAGAGCUUAUGUGCUGUUCAGAUGAUUCGAGGCCUGAAAGACGUCAUAAUUGGGAUGAAGGCCGGAGGCAAGAGGAGGGCUCUGAUUCCUCCUGAAGUAGGCUACAUCAGUGAGACAUUGAAGCCCAUACCAGAAGAGUUUGGACCGCGGCGAAGUCUGCUGUCUCAUGCCAAGGAGCCACUGGUGUUUGAGGUUCAGCUGCUGAAGGUCCUGUGAUUCUGCAUUUCUGCCAUCAUUGUCGUCAUCAUCUUUGGUCAAUGCAAACGGUACUCCUAGGGAAUCACCGAGUUCAUUGUAAACAUAAAUGUUCUCCCUUUGAAAUCUAAAUCAGUAAAUUCAGUCAGUGAAAUAGUCAAGCAGCAGCCAUCCUGCUUUUCAAAAUAUCGUUUAACUUCAGACGCAGAACGGUUCUUCUCUAAAAUGGAAAAGCGGGUCAAAAUUUC